AGGCCAGGCUGGAAGCAUCCUCCUCAACCCAUUUUACAGGAGAGGAAACUGAGGCAGCCGCAACACCAUCUCCUUAGGCCCUGAGUAGGGCCUGGCCACAUUCUUCUCACCCUACAUUGGGACCUGGGGUCUGGAAGUCCAGCAAGAACAAUGGCUGAGGCCAGUGUCUCCCCAUGUCCCUCAGCAGAAGAAAAAAUGGCGGCCAAACAGCCUCCUCCGCUCAUGAAGAAGCACAGCCAGACAGAUCUUGUGAGCCGCCUGAAGACCAGAAAGAUCCUGGGCGUGGGCGGGGAGGAUGAUGAUGGGGAAGUGCACCGGUCAAAGAUCAGCCAGGUUUUGGGCAACGAGAUAAAGUUUGCCGUGCGGGAGCCUCUGGGGCUCAGGGUCUGGCAGUUUCUCUCUGCUAUGCUGUUCUCCAGUGUGGCCAUCAUGGCCCUUGCCCUCCCUGACCAGCUCUACGAUGCAGUUUUUGAUGGGGCUGAGGUCACGAGCAAGACCCCCAUCCGCCUCUACGGUGGCGCCCUCCUUAGCAUCUCCCUGAUCAUGUGGAACGCACUCUACACAGCUGAGAAGGUCAUCAUCCGCUGGACUCUGCUCACUGAGGCCUGCUACUUCGGGGUGCAAUCCUUGGUGGUCACUGCCACACUUGCUGAGACGGGCCUCAUGUCCCUGGGGACCCUGCUGCUCCUGGCCAGCCGCCUCCUCUUUGUUAUUGUCAGCAUCUACUACUAUUACCAAGUCGGCCGGAAACCCAAGAAAGUGUAGCGGGCUGGGACCUGCCUGGGCCUGGACCUGGGCCAGAGCAGCUGGGGACUUCACUGACCAUGGGUCCCAGGCAGGCCCGCAGGCAGGCAGGGUGCACGCACUUCCUUCCCUCCCAGGCACUCCCUGGAGUCAGCUUGGAUCUCCUGGGAUUCUAGGAGUGACCAGUCAGGCUGCGGCCUCUGCAUCCCACCCCUCACCCCGUACAGGGACAACUCCUGGCCCUGUCUUUCUCGGCCUCUAGACUCUAACGGGCACAGUCUAGAGUGAGUUUUGGGGUCUGGGCUGAGUGAGUCAAGGUUAGUUCCUCUGCCGGGAAACCCUUUCUAGGAGGUUGUAUCAGCCCCAGAAGCAGCUCUCAGCCUCUCCCCAUCCAGAAACCGGAUGUGUGAGUCUCUCUCUCUCUCUCUCUCUCUCUCUCUCUCUCUCUCUCUCACACACACACACACACACACACACACACACACAGAAAUUCUAGAGUCCCAACUGAGGUCAUCUAGCCAAGGGGAUUGACUGCCUCCCUUGAGCCAAGUUCCCCACCCCCGUCCUGUACAUCUGACCCUCUCUUUGGCCUGCUGUAGGUUGUUCUGAUUCUCUGGCUGGCUGGCUGCUUGCCUGCCUGCACCCCAGAGCCCCAGUCCCUUCCCAACAUGCCAGGGUUAGCUAAUAUACCACAGGCCUGACAGUUCCUGGCCCCUGGCUGUCCAUAGGCUCCUAGUGCAUGAGGAAUUCUGAGGAGAAGCAAAGUGAGGACAUUUCUUUGGCAUGGCCUCCAAGGCCUGCAUGGCUACACCUGGCUCGGUGCCUCCUCCAGAGGCUGCCCUAAGGCUUACGGGGUAAAGCCUACAGCCCCUCAAAUCCUACAACGGAAAGAGACAGGAGUGAAUCUGCCAUCCUCCACAUCCCAAGAGUGGGCCUCUAGAGCUGAAGAUACAUCCCCGGUGCCACCAGCCUGUGUGGCCCCUCCCCUUAGUCCUAGCUCCCAGCGCCUUCCCACUCUUCAGCAGCAAGCACACUAAGAGAUUCGGCUGAGGCCUCUCCCUUCUGCAAGGGGGUGUCCUCUAUGCCUGAGGACCCUUUCCCUAGGGCACCUGGGCUCACAGCCUCCCAGGGCUCAGUUGUUCCUGCUGCCAAGUGCCCCAUGACAAUGGCCUGUGCCUAGUGGAGGGGACUCAGGGAAGUUUCAGUGGAAGACAUGCUCAGCAGUGGCCUAGGCUGCUUCUGUAACCAAGGUCUGGCAGAGUGGCGAGCCCCUGCGCGUUCAGGAAGGGCCCAUUGCAUAUAUCUGCCUCCUGUCACGGGCUUUGCGCCAGGUCCCUCAGUUCCCAACUCUUGACUCAGAGCACAGGUCCAGCCACUGCCAGCUCUUAGUACAGUGGCAGCGGCUGUAGAGCGGGUGACAUUGGUUGACUGUUCUCAGAGGAUUUAUCCUCUUGAAUCCUCUACGAAUGCAGAUAUAGUCCCAAGGGAGAGAGUCGUAGGAAUUGAAGAUGCCAGCCAUACACAGCCUGCAGGGACAUCUGCCAGGCUUCCCCUCAGCACGAGGAGGUGGCAGGGCCUGCCUGGGAUGGUGACCAGAUCUCCGUGGUUAAACUGCAGUGAUACUUUUUAGGUGGGGUGGGCUCAAGGCCAGACUGAGGCUGGCAUACAGACACCUGUGGCCUCCGGGACACACUAAGCAUGGAAGGAGGCAGCGAUGGAGACAGGAGCCCCACCCUGGCUCUGAGCUCAGGGUGCCCUGACUGCCCCCCCCUCACAGCUCCUCUUGUGCUUCUGCCUGGCCCCCAAGACCGCCUCUGUCAUGGUCACUAUUUAUUCCUUGUUCCCUUUUCUUUUUGUAAGAAACAGUCACGGAAAAAAAAAAAAAAACAAAACAAAACAAUGGAAACGA